AUGGCACCUCCAUCGUCAUCGUCAUCCAGGGCAUGGGGCUCCCUCACGCCCUCGCUCUCACCCUGGAUCAUCGACGCCAUGGCUUCCCAGGGAUUCACACGCAUGACCCCAGUUCAGGCUUCAGCAAUCCCUCUGUUUAUGGCACACAAAGAUGUAGUUGUGGAAGCUGUCACUGGUAGUGGGAAAACUCUGUCGUUCUUGAUUCCUGUGGUUGAGAAGCUUCUGCGUCUCGAGGAACCUUUAAAAAAGCAUCAUAUUGGAGCUAUCAUUAUUUCUCCGACUAGGGAAUUGGCAUCACAGAUAUACCAAGUCCUCCUAUCGCUCCUAGAGUUCCACCAGCCUUCGGCCGCCGCCAUUCAUCCCCCAGAAGAAGAUGCGCCGCGUCCUAAAGCCGCGUCCUCUACUCUGAAAAUUGUACCACAGCUUCUCUUAGGUGGCUCAACAUCGCCUGCAGAGGAUUUGAGCUCGUUCCUCAAGAAAUCGCCAAAUGUGCUGGUCUCGACUCCGGGAAGACUUCUCGAACUGCUCUCGUCGCCCCAUGUGCAUUGUCCACAAUCUUCCUUCGAGAUGCUUGUGCUAGAUGAAGCAGAUAGAUUGUUGGACCUUGGGUUCAAAGAGGAUCUUCAGAGGAUCUUACGUCACCUUCCCAAGCAACGAAGAACCGGCCUGUUCAGCGCUAGUAUCAGUGAAGCGGUUGAUCAGAUUGUCCGUGUUGGGCUUCGUAAUCCGGUCAAAGUCGCUGUGAAAGUCAAAGGAGGCGGUGGCGCUGAAGAUAAGCGGACUCCAGCAAGUCUGCAGAUGACCUAUCUCACAACGCCCCCGUCACAAAAAUUCUCCAUUCUCAAGCGAAUCCUUUCAACCGUCCAGCCAACGCCUCAGAAGACCAUCUUUUUCGUCUCUACAUGCUCCAGUGUCGAUUACUUGGCCAUGAUAUUACCCAUUAUCUUAGGGGAUGAGUUCCUUCUUGUCCCACUACACGGAAAGCACCCUGCCAACGUGCGCCAGAAGAACUUUACCCGUUUCACUACCUCUACCACUCCAUCGAUUCUCCUUACUACCGAUGUUGCUUCUCGCGGCUUGGAUAUUCCAUCAGUUGAUCUUGUGGUUCAGAUUGAUCCACCUUCAGACCCUAAAACCUUCAUUCACCGCUGUGGGCGAGCUGGUCGCGCUGGGCGCAGGGGCUUGAGUAUCGUUCUACUUCACCCUGGGCGGGAAGAGGACUAUGUGUCAUUUUUGGAGGUCCGCAAGACCCCAGUAACCCCAUUCAGCCUUCCUGAAGCAGGCUCCGAUGUGGAUGCCGCUGUUGCUACGCAGGCAAUUCGUGCGGUGAUCCUUCAAGACCGGGCUAUUCAUGACAAGGCUCAAAAGGCAUUUGUUAGCUGGCUGCGUAGCUACAGCAAGCAUCAAGCGAGCAGCAUAUUCCGUGUGGCGGAUCUUGAUUGGGAGGCUCUGGGUAAAGCAUGGGGUCUUCUUAGGCUACCUAAGAUGCCCGAAUUGCGAAAUUUCACCGGCGACCGUACACUUGGAGUCAUCAAUGAUUGGGACAAUUUCUCCUACAAAGAUAAACAAAGGGAGAAAAACGGAGGGUGGAGAUGGAAGAACUUGCUCGCGGAAAUGGACAAGAAGCUGAAGAAGAAGGAAUUCAAGAAGGCCCGAAAAGAUAAGGAGAGGUGGGAAAAGUUGCCAGACGAAGAGAAACAAAAAGUUCUUGAAACAGAGCGGAUGGUGGAAGAGAUACGAGCCAAAAACGAACAGCGGCGAUUAGCCAAGGUUGCGGAUAAAGAUAAGACUCUGGAUGAUGCUGGAGACAACAGUGACAGUUUUGAGGGCUUUGACUAG